AUGGCGUCCGAGGCGCGCGCGGCGCCGGCGAGUCGGGCGUAUUACUUCGGGAACGGGUGCUUCUGGGGACGGCAGCACACGUUUUACGAAGCCGAGCGCGCGCUCGGUCGGACGGACGACACGAUCACCUCCGUCGUCGGCUACGCCGGUGGAGCGGUGAAACAGGCCGAGGAUAAACCGGUGUGUUAUUACUACGGCGCCGCGGACACGGUGUACGAGCGGUUGGGUCACUGCGAGGUUGUCGCCGUGGAGGCGAGAGACGAGAGAGAGUUGCGGACGCUCGCGGAUGCGUACUUUGGAAGUUUUCAGAAGAUUCCAGGACUCGGGAUGCAGCGCGUCGAUCCGCAGGACAGCGGACCAGGGUACAGAAACUGCAUCGCGCUCCCUGGGGGGAUGAGCUCGCCGAUGUUCAAGGUCAUCGAGGAGGCGAACGUGCACAACAUGAAGCUCGUCCGCGGCGAGGGCAACUUGAUGAAAUCCGACCGUAAACCCACGGAGACGGACGUGAUCAACCAGGUGUGGAUCUACGACAGCGAUGUGCUUCCCUUCUACCCCGCCGAGGUGUACCAUCAGUUCCACGACGGACUCGGGUACAAGUUUCCCCAGGAGUACACUCGCGGCGUCAAGGCGAACGCGCUCGAGCGCGGCCUCAUCGCGCCGACGGGAUGUCCCGAGAUGCGCGAGCGUUCCUUCGCCGAUUUCGUCAGCGCCAUGACGUGA